CACACGACGUGGUUCGGCGUCGCGUUGUUUCUUCUUCUUUCGCGCUCUCUCUCUCCCCCGUCUCGAGUUCGUUUGUUCAGUUUCCGUUUUUUUAUUCGUUUCGGUACAACUUACAACACACCCCCGGUACUAUCGAAGACGCAGGACGUCUCUCGUGUUCUCCGGGAAUUUCCCGCGCUUUACCGGUUUGUCUCGUUUGAAAUGUCGAAGAUCGCUUCGUAGAACUGGGUGUUCCGCGCGGUGAUGAGUAAUCCAUGAGUACACAUUGGAAGGAAAAUUACUUUUUGGGAGUUUUUUAAAAGUUGUUCAAAGUUAUGAGCCGAACGAAACCUGGUCAAAUCCAAGCAGCGAAAAGUUCACCGUGUUAGUGGGCAACAAUUAAAUUAGCUUUACCCAGUUUUUGAGUGGACUAGUGCUCCAGUGAUCGGUGUUCCGCAGAAGAAACAGUUUUGAAUGUCGUCAGCAGCAGCAGGGCUGGUCCCGCCACGGCGACAACGAGAUCGAUGUCGUUGAGAUCGCGAGGAAAAGGAAUCGCAUUCACCGGCUGGCAUCGCUAAUGGACGGGUGUCGUCCGAUGGUACCGCGGACCGUACCUCCAUUCGAGCACUGGCUGUGGGUCCCACCGAUCAAGUCGAGGCCAGCAGCUUUCCAUUCGAACCAAUGCAACCGAUGAGCAGUGAAGUGACUUCCGUUUAGAAACAACGAUAAGAAAUUUUCAACUUUAAUUAAAACAAAUCCAACCAUUCCAAUGUGUUAAGUGCGUAUAUUGCGUGUGUGAAGAAACGGUAUUUUAGUCUAUAGCUCUCUAAGUGCCACGUGUUCAGAGGAAACAAAAUGAAGCGAAAAAAAGUGCACUUCGUGGUUCUAGGUGCAGCUCGUAACGAGUAAUGACCGUUGGAAGGUCGCAGCAAUUGAAGAUAUACAGAGUUCGCCAAAUGUCGGUACUGCACGUGCUGGAUAGUGCAGAUUAGUGGUGCGGAAUACCACAUUGGAAAAGUAAGAGUGUCUUUGCAAGUGUCCUUAGUGUACGUCGGAAAGGAUCCAAGCUGUUUGACAGCCAUCAGAGAAAAGUAGUUCAACCCAAAGAGAGGCGAAGGGUAUAUCUUGGAGGUGUUUUGAAGUGCAAUACACGCGACGAAGCAGUAAAUUGGGGCCAAAUAUCACCUUCACCUUUAGUUUUGUAGUGUCUAAGUCAACGUGCAACCAGCCUAAUCUACCGAUAGAGUGCUACAACGAAGCAAUAGUGUGAUAAAAGGAAAAAUAAAAGGAUAAAAGGAAUAAAUUGAAGCAAAGUCACAUCAACGAAAAUAUAAUUAUCCAUCGAUUGUGUCGCAUCAUCGUCAUCAUCGUCCGCGGAUCCAAAGGAUCCACCGUUGCUGAACAAAAGUGCUAAAAAUAGGACCUCAAGCCCACCCACCGGAAAUCAAACUCCCGUCCCAUGGCCAAUAUGGGCAAAAAUAACAAAACGGCAGCGGACAAACAACAAAAUGAACGUAGAAUACGAGCCAACGAUAGAGAAUACAACACACAGUUUAAAUAUGCGAACAACUACAUCAAAACGUCCAAAUAUAGCAUUUUAACGUUUCUGCCUUUGAACCUGCUCGAGCAGUUCCAACGUCUUGCCAACUUUUAUUUUUUAUGCCUGCUAAUACUGCAGCUGAUCCCGGCCAUCUCCUCGCUGACUCCGGUCACGACCGCCAUCCCGCUGAUCGGGGUACUGAUGCUGACGGCCAUCAAGGACGCGUACGAUGACUUUCAACGGCACAUGUCCGACUCGCAGGUCAACAACCGGGGGUCGAAAACGCUCCGCCACGGGAAGCUCGUCGACGAGCGGUGGUCCGGCGUCCAGGUCGGAGACAUCAUCCGGAUGGACAACGAUCAGUUCGUGGCGGCGGACAUUCUGCUGCUCUCGUCGAGCGAACCCAACGGGCUGUGCUUCAUCGAGACGGCCGAGCUGGACGGCGAAACGAAUCUCAAGUGCAAACAGUGCCUCGUCGAGACGGCCGUCAUGGGCGACCAGGAGGACCUGCUGUGGAAGUUCAACGGCGAGAUUGUGUGCGAACCGCCCAACAAUCUGCUCAACAAGUUCGAGGGCACACUGGCUUGGAAGAACCAGCGAUACCCGCUGGACAACGACAAGAUCCUGCUGCGGGGUUGCAUCAUCCGGAACACCCAGUGGUGCUACGGCGUCGUCAUCUUCGCCGGCAAGGACACCAAACUGAUGCAGAACUCGGGCAAAACCAAGUUCAAGCGGACGACCAUUGAUAGGCUAUUAAAUUUUAUAAUUAUAGGGAUAGUAUUUUUUCUGUUGUCCAUUUGCGGAUUCUGCACGAUAGCGUCCGCCAUUUGGGAGGCGAUUGUAGGCUAUAAAUUUCAAAUUUAUCUGCCAUGGGAAAACAUAAUUCCAAAGGAUUAUCUACAGGGUGCAACCAUCAUCGGAUGUCUAGUCUUUUUUUCCUACGCAAUAGUUCUUAAUACAGUGGUGCCAAUUUCUUUGUAUGUUUCGGUAGAGGUGAUACGCUUCGCGCAAUCGUUCCUGAUCAACUGGGACGAGAAGAUGUACUACGAGAAGACGAAAACGCACGCCAAGGCGCGCACGACGACGCUGAACGAGGAGCUCGGCCAGAUUCAGUACAUCUUCUCGGACAAGACGGGCACGCUCACGCAGAACAUCAUGACGUUCAACAAGUGUAGUAUCGCGGGCCGAGCCUACGGGGACGUCAUCGAUCUGAGGACGGGCGAGGCCGUCGAGCUGUCCGAGCCUACUACAUACGAUCAAAAAAACACAUCGCUUUUAAUAAACGCCGAAGAGCCGUCCGGUCGCAGCACGCCCCAGUCGGGCUCCGCCCCCGCCGUGUCCUACGCGACCAAUACCGGCGCCUCCGCUGGCAGUAACACAACGCUCAAAGCCGCCUCAUCCACCAGCUACGACUAUCAGCUCCAAUUGCCACAGCAAACACAUCAGCCCUACCAGCCGCAGCCGCAUCCGCCACAACAAUCCGUCAGUUCUACUUUUAACAAUAGUCACCUCAGUAGUAGCAGUAGUGUCACACUAGCCGCCGCCGCUGCCGCCGCCACCACCACCACCAACACUACCAAAAAACAUCACCCGUCACUACACGUUAGAUUCAGCCCGCACGACAAUAGUCACGAAACGCGAACUGUUACGACGGCCAUGUCCAGAAGCCCGAGCGUAACCCCCACCACCACAACCACAAGUCACUACUUUACCACCACAGCCAACAACAGCUGUAAAGGCAAUUACAACAGCAACAAAAACAACAACAACAACCCGAAAGAUAGUACUACCCUAUUGUUACUAGAUAACACUACAACGACGUCCACAACGACGACCCUCUCGACGACCACUGAGCCACCUAGCGGGAGUAAUGCGCAAGGAGUGCAUGUCACCGAACCGGUGGACUUCUCAUUCAACCCGGAGUACGAGCCGGAGUUCCGAUGGUACGACCAGGGCCUGCUGGACGCGGUCCGGUCCGACGAGGAACACGCCCACAGCUUUUUUCGUUUGCUCGCGCUGUGCCACACGGUGAUGCCGGAGGAGAAGAACGGCAGAUUAGAGUAUCAAGCACAAAGUCCUGACGAGGCUGCCCUCGUUUCGGCGGCCAGAAAUUUUGGGUUCGUUUUUAAAUCCAGAGCACCUAAUAGUAUAACAAUCGAUGUGAUGGGAAGGACGGAGGAGUACGAGUUGUUAAGUAUUUUAGAUUUUAAUAAUGUUAGAAAGCGAAUGUCGGUGAUACUGCGGCGCAACAAUUCCAUAUUACUGUACUGCAAGGGUGCCGACAAUGUGAUAUACGAUAGGUUAGGAACUAAUCAGCAGGACCUGAAAACGAGAACGCAGGAGCACUUAAACAAAUUCGCCGGCGAGGGCCUCCGGACGCUGGUGCUGGCCGAGCGCCGACUGACGAAGGAAUUCUUCGACUCGUGGCUGCUGCGGCAGCGGGAGGCGGCCCUCUCGAUAGACGGCACGCGCGAGGACAAGCUCGGUGCCAUCUACGACGAGAUCGAGUGCGACAUGCAACUGAUCGGGGUGACGGCCAUCGAGGACAAGCUGCAGGACGGCGUGCCUCAGACGAUCGCCAACCUACAGAUGGCCGGCAUCAAGGUGUGGGUGCUGACGGGGGACAAACAGGAAACGGCCAUCAACAUCGGCUACUCGUGUCAGCUGCUGACGGACGACAUGGUGGACGUGUUUGUUAUCGAUGGGCUCACCAAGUCCGAGGUCGAGCAGCAGCUGAGGAAGUACAUGGAGUCGCUGCGGAUCGUCAACACGUAUCAUCCGACGACGCUGCCCAAGGGGUCGACCCUGAACCAGUCGGGUGGACUGGGGGCGACGGCCAACGGCGGUGCAGCCAACAGUGGCAACAGUUCCGGGCCGAUGAUUGAGAUCCAGAACUCGUCGCCGCCGUCGGUGUCGGUGGUGACCUUUAGGUGGGAUAAUAGACAUAAAUAUACAAGUAUAGGAGAAAGCGAGGAGGUGUCGGAAAGCAACUACUCGGACGGACCCACCACCACGGGCAAGGCGGACUCUUCGAUGACGGACCUGGCCGGCGGGGGGGACGCCGACGGAGCCGGAGUCGCGCUGGUCAUCAACGGUCACUCGCUGGUGCACUGCCUGACGGCCGAGCUCGAGUCCAAGUUCCUGGAGAUUGCCUCGCACUGUCGGGCGGUAAUUUGCUGCCGCGUUACGCCCCUCCAGAAGGCGAUGGUCGUCGAGUUGAUCAAACGUUCGAAGAAUGCCGUCACGCUGGCCAUUGGUGACGGCGCCAACGACGUGUCCAUGAUCAAGGCGGCCCACAUCGGCGUCGGCAUCUCCGGACAGGAGGGCAUGCAAGCCGUGCUGGCCAGCGACUACUCGAUAGCUCAGUUCAAAUUCCUCGAAAGACUGCUACUGGUACACGGACGCUGGUCCUACUAUCGGAUGUGUAAAUUUCUGCGCUAUUUUUUCUACAAAAACUUUGCAUUCACGUUGUGCCAUUUUUGGUAUGCAUUUUUCUGCGGCUUCAGUGCUCAAACCGUGUUCGACCCGAUGUUCAUCUCGGUGUACAACCUGUUCUACACGUCGCUGCCGGUGCUGGCGCUCGGGAUCUUCGAGCAGGACGUCUCGGACAAGAACAGCCUCGACUACCCGAAGCUGUACACGCCCGGAAUCACCAAUGCCUUAUUCAACACGACCGAGUUCAUCCGCAGCGUGCUGCACGGGAUCUUCAGCUCGCUGAUACUGUUCCUGAUACCGUACGGCACCUACAAGGACGGAAUCUCACCGGACGGUUACGUACUUAACGACCACAUGCUGUUGGGAUCGGUGGUAGCCACGAUACUGAUACUGGACAAUACGACCCAGAUCGCCCUGGACACCUCGUACUGGACCGUGUUCAACCACAUCAUGAUCUGGGGCAGUCUGCUGUGGUAUUUCUUCCUGGACUACUUCUACAACUACGUGAUCGGCGGCCCAUACGUGGGCUCUCUAACGCAGGCGAUGAAGGAGGCCACCUUCUGGUUCACCACGGUGCUCACGCUGAUCGUGCUGAUGGUGCCGGUGCUGGCGUCCCGAUUCUACUUUGUCGAUGUGUUCCCGGGGCUGUCCGAUAAGAUUCGCGCCCAGCAACGGUUAGCUCAGUUGCGAUCUCGCCAAACCAACGACGUCCUGCGAACUCCGUCCGCCAGACGAGCUCGGAGGUCACUCCGGUCGGGCUAUGCGUUUGCCCAUCAGGAAGGAUUUGGCCGUCUCAUCACGUCCGGCAAGAUCAUGCGCAAGCUUCCGCAGGACUUUGCCUUCCCGCUGGGUUUGGGCAGCAAAAAGCAACAGCAGAAUAACGCGGACGCAGCUGCGUCCAAGAACGCUGCCAGCAACGGCAGUCCCAUCAACAACAACAACAACAACAUCGCCACGAACGUCAACAACAACUCGACGACGACGAACGCCGCCACGUUGGCCAACGGAAACCAAAUCACGAACCUGCCCGGGAGCUCCAACAGUGACAACAGCCCGCGAGCGCCCUGCCAGGACCUGGACACGAUCAACCUGUAGAGGGGAGAGGAGGGAAGGGAAGGUCACGACAAACACACUGUUUAGUUUUAGGUUUUGCAUGAACGAAAGAAAGAGAUAGCAUGAGUGAGCGAGAGUAUGCGGAAGGACGAAAGCUAUCUGCUUGAGGGUAAGAAUGGUACCUAAAUAUUUUAAGAAAUGAAUCGUGUUUUUGGAUCGCAACUUGAUCGCAACCGUUUUUUUUUUUGUGCCGUUUGUUCCAAAUUGUUGAAAUUUUGGGAACCGGUUGAGAUCUUUACAAACUUCCAGUUUUCACCGAAAUUUAUUCUAAAUUCAACAGUCUGGAAAAGUUGGCCGAGUGAAAUGAAAAGUUGUGAUUUUAAAUUGAAUCUAUUUUUAUAAACUUUUUUUGUGUAUUUGCAUUAAAUUAGUUUUGAAAAAAACGGAAUCGAGUUUUAAACCUGACUUGAAAAUUUUUUUUGAAAUUUAAAUUGGCAUUAGUAAACAUCCUUAACAAAUUUUGCAUGGUGAAUUUAAUCAAUUCCUUGAGUAUCUUUCGAGAAAUCUAAAUUUGAAGUAAAAAGUUUCUUGUUGUAGAUCAGGCUUUAGAGAGUUAAGGUACCAUGCGUUUCCAUGUAUAACAAUGGAGAUCUUGAUGAAAAUGCAUCAUAAACUAUGCACUGUGCUCGCGUAAUUUAACUUAACGUAAGCAUGUUAUGUUUUCGUU